AUGAACGCUAGUUAUAACCUAGACUUAGUUGAGCAGCGUUUAAUUCUCUUGGCUAUCCUUGAGGCUAGAGAAUCAGGCAAAGGAAUCAAUGCCAAUGAUCCUCUAACCGUUCAUGCUGAAAGCUAUAUCAAUCAAUUUGGUGUAGCUAGACAGACUGCAUAUCAAGCAUUAAAAGAUGCUUGUAAGGACUUAUUUGCACGCCAAUUUAGUUACCAAGAAAAACGUGAGCGUGGGCGAGCUAAUAUUACAAGUCGUUGGGUAUCGCAAAUUGCUUACAUUGAUGAAACGGCAACAGUUGAGGUUAUUUUUGCCCCUGCCGUUGUUCCACUGAUUACACGAUUAGAGGAACAAUUCACCCAAUACGAUAUUGAACAAAUUAGCGGUUUAUCGAGUGCCUAUGCCGUCCGUCUAUAUGAAUUAUUGAUUUGUUGGCGUAGUACAGGGAAAACACCUGUUAUUGAACUAGCAGAGUUUAGAAAGCGUUUAG